AUGGAGAAAUACUCACUCAUAGAAAUCAUUGGACAAGGAUCUUUUGGCCGUGCUUUACUUGUUUAUUGCAAGAACACCGAGCAUAAAUAUGUUCUGAAAGAGAUCCAGCUGCCCCAGCAGAAUUCCAGAUGUGAGAGUACCAGGAGAGAGGCUGUGCUGCUGUCCAAAAUGAGACAUGCUAAUAUCGUUGCCUUCAGGGAGUUCUUCGAAGACGGUAACCUUCUAUGUAUUGUCAUGGAGCACUGCAGCGGAGGAGACCUGCUGCAGAGGAUACAGCGACAGCAAAAAAAACCCUUCCCAGUUGACAAUAUUUUUAAAUGGUUCGCUCAAAUGUGUGCAGGUGCCAAGCAUAUUCAUGAUAAGAGAGUUUUACACAGGGACCUAAAGACAAAGAAUAUUUUCCUGACAGAAAAUGGGACAAUCAAACUUGGAGACUUUGGAUCAGCUUGUGUUCUGAACAGUUCAAAAGCGUAUGCUCAGACAUACGUCGGCACGCCAUACUAUGUCGCUCCUGAGAUCUGGGACAAUCAGCCUUACAACAAUAAGAGUGAUGUCUGGUCGUUGGGAUGUGUCCUGUACGAGCUCUGCACCCUUCAGCACCCGUUCCAGGCGCCCAGCUGGAAGAGGCUGAUCUUGAAGGUGUGUCGGGGCGCGUACCCUCCCCUCCCCAAACACCUGCCCUACGAGCUGCACUAUCUGCUCAAGCACAUGUUCAAGACCGAGCCCAGAGACCGGCCAUCGCUCCACACCAUCCUGACCUCCCACAGAGUGUCCAAGCUGCUGCGGAGCCACCUGCAGCCAGAGGCCUGGGAGAGCACGGGACAGGAGAGGAGGGGGAGGCGUCUGCAGAGGUGGGACCCAGAGCAGGGGGAGGAAGUGACCAGGCGUCUUGGAGAGAAGAGCUUAGUGCACACAGCCACCUCGCAAGACACAGAGUGGGCACACAGUGAGAGCUGCGAGGCCCCUCACAGGAAGCAAUGGUCGCCCUCACACACAGUGCUGCAGAGACUUUCCAACGCACGCCUCCAGUCUGCAGACACUGGGAGCUCCAGUGACCAGGGCAGAGCAGCAGAGGAACCAGAGGAACCAGGGGGAGCACAGCAGAACAGGCGGAGGAGAGAGUGGAGCAGAGAGCCAGCACAGAGGCUGCUCAGGGUGUUGGAGGAGGCCCCUGUGCACAGGGCCUUCAGCACAUUCAUCAUACACAGAGCAGGAGCAGAAGCAGAAGCAGGAGCAGAAGCAGGAGCAGGAGGAGAAGCAGGAGCAGAAGCAGGAGCAGGAGCAGGAGCAGGAGGAGAAGCAGGAAAAGGAGGUGUGUGCCAACAGCAAGAGGACCACACUGACGGUCUCACAGCGGAGGAUGUGGACGAGGAGCGUCUACAGCAACGUUCUGACGAUGAUGACACGGACUUCGAGGAGGAGCAGCCGUGCGACUGGAUGGGCGAGCUGGAGAACAUGUUUGCAGCGGCCUGA